AUGACGAGUGAGGAGUUGCAUGCUCAUUUUACCCACCUCUUGGGUGGGCAUGCAACCGACGUGGAUGGGAGCCUUGCUGAUGUUGACGCUAAACUCACCGACGCGUUGGACAAGAUGGAUGGCCUCGAGGCAGCUUUCAACUCCAAGCUCGACGCCGAGUUCCAGGAGUUGAUGGUUCGGUUUCCUCAGCCUCGCGACAACGUGCGACGACGUGCACGUCGCGUUCCUCGUGCGGAGGUUCCAGCGGGUACCGCUCCUGUUGCAGCAGCCGCACUUGACGCGCCUUCUGAUGAAGGAUACAAGGAUUAUGGAGGGUACGAGGACGAGCAAGCAGAUGAGAACGUGCUGGAUGACGAGGAGGUCCAACAACUUGCACUUGGUCGUCCACGCCGCGCACGCCAGCGCCUGCAGCCGCCGCGCUCAGCUUAUAAACGUGCGCCCUCUGCACAGCACUGCCUAUCUAUCUCCUGCACCGUCGCCCUCGCUAACGCUGCACCCGCAUCGAGCGUGGAGGAGGAGGUGAAGCAAAGCCUCGUCGAGCAAACAAUGGCCGACGCCGCCACGGCCAAAGAUCUUGCCGCGGCCGCGCUGCCGCCGCCGUCCAAGUCGGAGAACAUCUUCAUGCAGAUCGCCGUCCACCCGGACGGCACCAUCACGCGCCCCGUCAUCCCGUCCGUCCAGGCAUCGCUCGACGCGGCCGUCUCCAGCAGGGACGUGCCCCUGGACGCCUCCCUCGGCACGUACAUCCGGCUCUACCUCCCAAACCCCGUCGACCCGCCGCCAUCCACAAAACUCCCCAUCAUCCUCUACUUCCACGGCGGCGGCUACGUGAUCUUCUCCGCGGACACGGUCUUCUACCACGCCUCGUGCGAGGCCAUGGCGGCGGCCGUCCCGGCCAUCGUGGCCUCCGUCGACUACCGCCUGGCGCCCGAGCACCGGCUGCCCGCCGCCUACGACGACGGCGUGGCCGCCAUGAUGUGGCUCCGCGACGCGGCGCACCAGGAUCCCUGGAUCGCUGCGCGUGGCGAUCUCUCCCAAUGCUUCCUCAUGGGCAGCAGCUCCGGCGGGAACCUCGUGUUCAACGCAGCAGUCCGGACCAGGGGUGUCGACCUGAGCCCCGCCACCGUGCGGGGCGUCCUGAUGCACCAGCCCUACGUGGGCGGCGUGGAGCGCACGCCGUCCGAGGCCGCGUCCGAGGAUGACUUGAUGGUGCCGCUGGAGGCCAACGACAAGCUGAUCGCCCUCGCGCUGCCCCUGGGCGCGGACCGCGACCACGAGUUCAGCAACCCGGAGAAGGCGAUGGCACCCGAGGCACUGGCCGGCCUGCCGCGGUGCAUGGUCUCGGGGAGCGACGGUGACCCGCUGAUCGACAGGCAGAGAGGGUUCACCGCCUGGCUGCGGGACGGCGGCGUGGACGUGGUCGACAAGACGGACAUCUCCGGGUUUCACGCCGCUGAGCUCUUCAUUCCCGAGAAGGCCGAAGAGCUCUUCGCGGCCGUGCGAGAGUUCGUCCACGGCCGCGGAGGUGACGCUUGACGCUCAUCCGCUUGCUCGCCGGUCGGUCCUCGAUCGGCCUGGUUGACUUGAUGAUCGAUGUCAGGCAAUGUCCAGUUUCUGAAUUCAAGUGUUAUGUCUUGUGAGCAAUAAUUCACCACUGUUCGUAGCGUGGUGCUGUCCAUUAUUGAAGUGUUGUUGAAAAUGUUCUUAUCUUGAA